CUCACAAUUACUCCAUUAAAAAUAUGUACAGAAUAUGAUGUCGAAGGAAAAACGGUUCACAUACUUUAGUAGUAGUGUUUGACAAUUUAACAUUAUGCCAGAUGGGGCAGUAACGCGUUCUCAUGGUGUCAAACCUCCUGCCGAGCGAGAAGAAUUCUCGCGUGAGUUGCUACUGGCACGCACGAAAGACCGGUUACAGUACUUACAUUAUUCGUGAUGAAACUACCUUAAAUUUAGUGAUUAACGGUACAAAACAUUGACUAUUUUAGACCAAGUGACGCGCAAACAUUUUGCGAUUCCUUCAAACCAUCUGUGUUGUUUUUACUCGAGCUGACAUUCAUACCGGUAGUUCUCAUGCUGCUUUAUGCUAAAUGCUAACCAAGGUGCAACGUCAACUUUCAAUGUAAAUUUAGUCUUUAAAUACAGUAACAACGAUGAAGUGUCAUUACCAAGUCCUCGGAGUCAAACGGGACGCCAACGACGACGACUUGAAGAAAGCCUAUCGGAAAUUAGCGCUGAAAUGGCAUCCUGACAAAAACUUGGAUAAGGCCGAGGAAGCAGCCGAGCAGUUCAAGUUAAUUCAGGCAGCCUAUGAUGUCCUAAGUGACCCACAGGAGAGAGCAUGGUAUGACAAUCACAGGGAAGCUUUGCUAAAAGGUGGCGUGAGCGGUGACUACGAGGACGACAGUGUUGACCUGCUGCAGUUCUUCACCGUUACCUGUUAUUCGGGCUACGGAGAUGACGACAAGGGUUUCUACACAGUCUACAGGAAUCUCUUUGAGUCUAUCAUCACAGAGGAGAUGGAGCACAGAAAAGUGGAAGAUGAGGAUGAAGAGGAGGACUUCCCAUCCUUUGGGAAUUCGCAGAGCGAUUAUGAUACAGUAGUGCACGUCUUUUACGGCUACUGGCAGAGCUUCUGCACGUGUAAGAACUUCGCCUGGAAGGAAGAAUACGACACGCGGCAGGGGUCCAACCGCUGGGAGAAGCGCGCCAUGGAGAAGGAGAAUAAGAAAACCCGGGAUAAGGCACGGAAGGAGCGCAAUGAGCUGGUGCGCCAGCUCGUGGCCUUCGUGCGCAAGCGAGACCGCCGUGUGCAAGCACACCGCAAGGAAGUGGAGGAGCGCAACGCAGAGAAGAGCAAAAAAGCGCAGGAGCUACGGCGCAAGCAGAAGCUCAGUCAAGCCAAGCUGGCGGAGGAGUACAAAGAGCAGAGCUGGGCAGCCAUGUCAGAGCUGGAGAAGGAGCUUCAGCAAAUGGAGGCUCAGUACGGAGUAGAGUUUGGGGACGCUUCGGAAAGUGAAGAUGAAGAGCUGGAAACGCAGCAGAAAAUUGCCGUGGAAGGAUUAGGUGCAGAUGGAGACCAGCUGGAUGUAAAUGACCUCAACUUGGAUUAUUAUGACGAUCUCCACUGCCCGGCCUGCAGCAAAUCCUUCAAAUCCGAGAAAGCCAUGUACAACCACGAGAAGUCCAAGAAGCACAAAGAGAUGGUUGCGUUGCUACGGCAACAGCUUCAAGACGACGACGCUCUCGCUUUCAUAUUAGACCAAAGGGAGGAUGCCGAGGAAAAAAUACAGACAUUGAACCAUGAAGAAGAAGAAAUGGAGGAGGAAGAGGGAGAUAUUCAACCAAGACAAAAGUUGUCCAGGAAGCAGAAGAAGAGGCAACAGAAAGUAGCCAAUAGCAUUCUCGUGGAGAAGUGUGAACAAGGGGAGGACCUGACAUCAACUACAGAUGUGAAGGAUGCCCCUGAUGAGAACCCCGAAGAGGUUCCUCAAGAAGUUCCCGAGGAGUCACCGAGCUCCACGGAAGCCCAGGAGGACUGUUUUCCUCCUGUUGAAUCCCAGAGUUUGCCUAGCUCCGUCAAAACCAAAGCCAAGAAGGUGGGCGGAAAAGACAAAUCAAAGAACGUUAAGACACAACAGGGAGGCGAGCAGCUUUUUGAGAAGUCUGUAAAUCUGCGAUGUGUGACUUGCAAUGGCGAGUUCUCCACAAGGAACAAGCUUUUCGACCACCUUAAAUCUAGCGGACACGCCUCCGCGCUCUCCUCCAAUCCCGCGACGACGACCUCCGCCAGCCGAAGCAGAAAAGACAAACGGAAAAACAGAUGAUGACACUUUUAGUUUAGUGGACUGAGAAGAAGUGGAUGUUCUUUGAACACGUCUUUGAACGUUGCAGAUCUUUUUAGAGCUAAUGAAGAUGGACAUCAUCAUGUAUAGCAUGCUAAUUCAUUUCGUCAUCGCCAACUGACACAAAAUACAUUUUUACAAAUGAUGAUCUGAUGAAACUCGAGAAAAAAAUGGUAACUUUGCGGUUCAUGUUUUGCAGAUGCAGUGCAUCACGGGGUUUUAAAAAGAGUUAUCAACAAAUAAAAAUGAAAAAAUUCACGUUUCAUUUUGAGGCGCAAGAAACAUUGUUUCGCAGCAAGGCAAACAUGACUCGGGGCUAUGUACAGU